AUGUCAAUUCGAGUGCUUACCGUGUUACUACCAUUGCUGUUAUGUGAGUCAGAUGGGGAUACUACAUUUCACUUUUCUAAUCUACUACAAGCGCGGAUUGUUUGGAUCGUAGACAUCGUCAAUCUGCCUUGGAUUGGUGAAUACGAGUACCUAAGUCUCCCAAGGCAUAUCUUCAUUCUCGUUGCCUUCUCGGAACACCUCGAACCAUCGCUGAACAUCCCGAAUGGUGAUGGUGCCCUCGCCGAAUCCAAUAUUAAUUCAAUAGACGAAUUCUGUAGCCAUUAG